AUGUCCUUUAAUCAGAACCUUGUGACGGGCGCAGCCCUACUCUUGGUCGCUCUUGAUAGUAUCCCUGCCACCAAGAGCACCGCCGACCGGGUGUUCCGCAGAGUCCAAUAUGAAGAGGAAAGCUUGGCCAAGACGGCUUAUCGCGACGAGGACGGUGAAGCUUCUGAGGAAUCACUUCGCGCCUUCUCGGAUAAGUGGCAACGUGCGGCCAUUGUUCUGUUCUCCGCGACUGGACUGGGCACCUCGUUGACGCUAGCUAUUUUUGCAACUCAGAGCCACGUCCAUGGAGUGGCGAACUGGCUCCAGUUCAGCAGUUGGGUUGUGCUAGCGCUGCAAACCAUUGCAUUUUUCACUGAGCCACGCCCUACCAGUCGAUUCAGAUUGGGCCAGUACGCAUUUGUCGGCAGCGUUAUCACCGCCGUUGUCGUCCAACAAGCAUGGACCUCUAAAAGUAGCCUGAUUAACAAUCAGGCGUGGGUGGGCUUGCAAGCCGGCCAAUUUGCUAGCGGGCUCCUCCGCGCAUUGUUCACCGUCCUGCUGCCCCGUCGACCAAAUGUCUACUACCAGGGCCAUCUGGUCGACAGAGAGCUUACUGUGACGGCUUUCGGCCGCUAUACUUUCUCUUGGGCGAACGACCUCUUGAACUUCACCCUUGAAGCUAAGAAUAUAGAGCUGGCUGAUCUACCCAAACUUCGGUCGGAGAAGCGAGUCCAUAAUCUCCGAGCGACCUUGGAGAAUGUCAAGGGGAACCGGAAAGUAUGGAAAGCACUUGUGCUGGCGCACUGGCGUUCUCUGGGCCUUCAGCUCCUACUGACCAUCGCCAUCGCAUUCUUGAGUUUUGGUCCCCAGUUCGCUCUUUUCAACAUUCUCGACUCCUUGGAAGGCCGCAAUGAUGCCUCUUGGUCCCCUGUUCGAUCCUCAAUUUGGGUUGUUGGCCUGGGCUCUCUCCAACUUCUAUUCUCGAUCGUGGAAGCAUGGCUCUUUUGGGCUGUUUGCUCCAAGGUCGGAGUUCCUAUUUAUGCCGAACUGUCGGCCCUGGUCUUUGCGAAAUCUAUGCGUCGCAAAGACGCCAAGCAAAGAAAGAAGAGCAAGGAUGAAAACGGUGCCGCGGCUUCUGCAAAAGCGCUUUUGACCCAAGAUGAAGAAGAGGAGGAUGAGGAGGAGUCUGUUAAGAAGAGCCAGCAAAGCAUUGUCAAUCUAGCUGCUGUAGAUGCUCGCCGUAUCUCCGAUUUCACCUCUUACGCCUACCUCAUCCCUUCUGCGACACUCAAGAUCUCGAUCGGCUGUGCGUUCCUAGUUCAAAUUCUUGGAUGGCAAAGCGCCUUCGCUGGUCUUGCCGUGGCGGUCCUCAUCGCACCACUCAACAUUUAUGGUACGAAACGGUAUACCGACGCUCAGGAUAAACUCAUGAAAUUGAGAGAUCAGAAGAUGGCUGUUGUCACGGAGGUUUUGCAGGGUAUUCGCCAGAUCAAAUUCUCCGCACUAGAGCAGCAGUGGCAGUCAAAGAUUAAGCAAAUCCGAGAGAAUGAACUGGGGGCACUGUGGGUUUCCUUCCUCUACGAUGUCGUGCUUAUGGCCAUCUGGCUCAUUGGUCCUAUUGGAUUCUCCGCUGUUUCCUUGACCGUCUAUGCCCUUCAGCAUGGGGGGCUUAUCUGCCUCAGUGGCUUUCACAGCCAUGGCAGUAUGUCACUGGCAAUUCUACCUGAAAUCAUCACCAACGGAUUGGAAGCAAAGGUCAGCGCUGACCGCAUCGAUAUCUACAUGGCAUCCGAAGAGAAGAUUGUGAAUACCGUUCCGGCCGAUUACAUUGCUUUUGAAAACGCUUCUAUUUCUUGGCCCUCUGAGGACAACGCCGAAAAGCAGGAAGAGCUUGAAGACGAUGACCUCUUCCUCCUACGCGAGCUCAACAUCAAGUUUCCCAAUAAAGGCCUUAGCGUGAUCGCUGGUCGUACCGGUUCAGGAAAGAGUCUUCUUCUUUCAUCCAUUCUGGGGGAAUGUGAUGUCCUAUACGGUACUGUCAAAGUGCCGGUUCCACCUGCGCUAAAGGAGCGCUUCGAUGAUAAGGCGACUAGUGCGAACUGGCUCAUUGAUUCCGCAAUUGCAUAUGUGGCCCAGAUUCCAUGGAUCGAAAAUGCGAGCAUCAGAAACAACAUUCUUUUCGGGCUGCCCUACAACGAGGACCGCUACCAGAAAACGAUCCAUGCUUGUGCUCUCGAAAAGGACCUCGAGAUGCUUCCAGAUGGCGAGCUUACUGACAUUGGCGCCAACGGCGUCAACUUGAGUGGUGGCCAGCGAUGGCGAGUGUCAUUCGCACGAGCCCUGUACUCCCGCGCUGGUAUACUUGUCAUGGAUGAUAUUUUUAGCGCGUUGGACGCUCACACUGGUCGCUUUGUCUUCGAAAACGCACUCACGGGCGAGCUCGGAGAAAACAGAACGCGAAUCCUUGUCACUCAUCACGUUGGCCUAUGCUUACCUCGUACGGACUAUUCCGUUCUCCUCGAGAACGGACGAGUGAAAUAUGCCGGCACGAUUGAAGAGCUUCGCAGAGACAACCAUCUUGAUGAUAUUCUGGAUGGCGAUGAGACGGAAGCAGACAAGCAGUCAGUCAAUGUUGAACCUGAGGAACCCGAGGAUGGGAAUACCCUCCAAAAAGUCAUUUCUAACCGGUCCAAUCGCCGCGCGAGCAACGCGCCACCCCCAAACGUUACCACCGUCCCUGCCAAUGGUGUACCCAAAAAGUUUGUUGAGGAUGAAAAGCGCGAAAAGGGAUCCGUCCGGUUGGCAGUCUAUAAGGCUUACUUGUCUAUGGGUGGAGGCGUUACUGCGUGGACAAUGACGACUCUAGUUUAUACUGGCUACGCUGCAUUAAUGAUCGUUCGGUCUUGGUGGAUCAAUGUCUGGACCAGCUCAUCGUCAAAAGCAUCAGCGCAUCCAGAACAAAUGCAGAUACUCUUGCAGCAUGCUAUGGUCCGCAACAACACCACUAGCAAGCCCCAGACCGACGACAACUUGAUGAUGUAUCUUGGUGGAUACAUUACAAUCUCACUGCUCUCUUUCAUAAUUGGGACUUCGCGGUUCUAUUUCAUCCUGUCUUCGAGCAUUCGUGCGUCAAGAAACAUCUUCAAUGCCCUUGUCUUUGCUGUUCUUCGAGCCCCUCUUCGUUGGUUAGAUACCGUCCCCGUCGGUCGAAUUCUCAACCGAUUCACCGCCGAUUUCCAUACAAUCGACUCUCGAUUGGGAUACGAGUUGGGCUUUCUCAUCGGAAAUCUUCUGGAUGUCUGUGGAAUCAUCGUGGCAGGUGUCUUGAUCUCUCCAGUUGUUAUCAUCUUGGCAAUCCUUCUUCUAGUGAUUUCACUGAAGAUUUCCGUCACAUAUCUGACAGGGGCCCGCGAAGCCAAGCGCUUGGAGAGUACAGCCAAAAGCCCUGUCUUCGAGCAGUUUGGGGCUAGCUUGACAGGCCUAAUAACCAUCCGUGCUUUUAGCAAGAGCGAUGCAUACAUCGACAUCAUCUACGACAAGAUCAACUCGCAUGCUCAAGCGUGGUGGAGCGUCUGGCUUCUCAACCGAUGGUUAGGAAUCCGCAUGAACCUCGUUGGAGCGAUCUUCGCGACACUGACUGCCGCACUUGUUGUCUCUCUCCCGGGUAUCUCUGCUUCGCUCGCUGGUUUUGCUCUUAGUUUCGCGCUGCAGUGCAACACCGCUAUUGCCUUCGCUCUCCGCCAAUACUCGAAUAUCGAGCUCGGUAUGAACGCCACUGAGCGCGUUUACGAGUACUGCAACAUCGAGCUCGAGAACCAAGGCGGCGCUGAUGCACCUGCAGCUUGGCCUACUGAAGGCCGUCUCGAGGUGCACGAUCUGGUAGUUAGCUAUGCCCCCGACUUGCCACCAGUCCUCAAGGGCCUAAGUUUUACCGUUGAGAAGAAUCAACGAGUCGGCGUCGUCGGUCGUACCGGGGCGGGCAAAUCGUCAUUGACUCUCGCCCUCUUCCGGUUCCUCGAAGCGCGACAGGGUCAGAUUUACAUUGAUGGGUUAGACGUAGCCAAGAUAAAGCUACAUGACCUGCGCAGCAGACUGGCUAUCAUUCCACAGGACCCAGUGCUCUUCUCCGGCACCGUGCGAUCCAACCUCGACCCAUUCGACGAGUAUACCGAUACCGAGCUCUUCGAUGCUCUCGUCCGCGUGCACUUGGUUGCGUCCAGCGAUGACGAGGCAACCCUGACCUCUCAAACUGCGACGCCCCGACCAUCCGGCACCCCUGGCGCUACCACGCCCGAUACCGCGACAGUACAGGCCUCGAACAAGAAUCUUUUUUCCUCGCUCUCUUCCCCCAUCUCUGAGGGUGGUCUCAACCUCUCCCAAGGCCAGCGCCAGCUUCUUUGUCUGGCCCGUGCCAUUGUUGCCCGGCCUAAGAUCAUGGUACUUGACGAGGCAACGUCUGCCGUGGAUAUGGAGACCGAUACAUUGAUUCAACAGUCCAUUCGAGCCGAGUUUGGGCGGAACGCGACUACCUUGCUGGUCAUUGCGCACAGACUGAGCACGAUUGCGGACUUUGACCGCAUCCUCGUACUGGAUGCGGGCAAAGCGGUUGAAUUUGGUGCGCCAAAGGAUCUUAUGGGCAUUGAGAAUGGCGUUUUCAAGAACCUGGUGGACAACAGCGGCGAAAAGGCUGUUCUGGAGCAGAUGAUAUUUGGGUAA